AUGACCCAAAUUAACACCGACGAUGCUAAGGCCCCGGCCUACACCCCCCUCGACCCCGUCGAGUGCGACAAGCCUGAGAAGCAAGAGCCAGCACACACAAGCCCCAAGGCGGAUUGCAUCAUCCACGGGCCCAGCCAAGUCCCUCUUGUGGACAACGAAUUGCAGAAGUCGCAGGCAGCGGAGAUCAUCCGCACUGUGACAGCAGCACUGACUGACAUCGCCGAUGAGAACAAAUGCACUAAGUGCACGGUGGAGAACAUCUCGACUCUACUCACAGGCCUCGUCCGCGAUCUCAGAACAGUGAAGCAGAGUGGUGCGUGGUCGAAGGAAGACAAGAAGGCUUUCAAGGCGGAGGUCAAGGCUUUGUUGAAGCCAGUCAAGAAGGAUGUGAAGAGCCUUUGGAAAGCGAACUAA